CCGAGAACCCCAGUCGCAUCGUCACAGAAAUGCAUUCGCAGAUACCGCAUCCAGAUGCAAAAGCUGCUGAGGAACAAGUAGCGAUGGAGGCUGUACUUUGGUUAGAGAACAAUGCCAGGAAUGUGCAAAAGAAGAUCGGACAGGCACAGAAAAUGGUGAUUGUCAUGGAAUCUACGUCUUCUUCGGCUAAUGAUAUGGCAGGUGGUACUAGUGGUACAGCUACAACAGGUGGAUGCAGCGUCAGUGCUGAUGAACUCAAGAAACUGAAGAACAUCUUGAGCGCAGCGCCGGUUGAUUCCGUGUCGAAAAAAGCAGUAAAUAAGGAAAGACAGCGACAAACGCGGGAACUGCUUUCUGCGUUCGCUGCACCGAAAGAGACGGCGACGCUGGCUGACUUUGUCACGAUAAAAGCAGGAAAGAAUAAUAAGGGUGGAAAGAGAACAGAUUCUACUCGUGUUUCUUCGACAAGCACAACUACAUCAGAUGAAAAAUAUGUGACGAAAACCCCUACCGAAACGCUUCUUUCAGACGCAGCGCCAAAGGAAUUACUGCUACCCGCUGAAGAUGGCAGUAACCACGAUGAAGUGGCAAACUACAGGUAGUGGCUUUUACUCUGCACGAGCUUUACUCUCCUAGUCUCAAAAACCAGGGGAAGUGUCGUCAGGGAAAUCUUAGGCAGAUUCCCGAAUGAAUUCGCAUCCUCAUUCGCAUUCCUCUCCACCUAGUGUAACUUCUUAGUACUUAUCAUGAUCUUUUAGCAUAAAUCAAGUAUUCAUGUUCUUGUUUUAGUUGUAUCAUCUUCAAUCAGGUGCACGGAGACUGACUUCACUCCCCACCACCCACCAGGAAUGCCGAAGAUGGUGGUUUUUCUGGCACCGGAAGCCUGAUCCGUUCGGAAGGCGAAGAAGAGCGGCACGAAGUAGAUCCAUUCGCUCCCGAACUUCGAUACAAUACACCGAGUUGGUCAAAACAGGCUGCUUGUGUAGUUGCACCUAGUAUUACCUCCAGUACAACUUCUACAGAUCAUUGGGAUUCUUCAUCCUAUCCUUCUACAGAUCAUUGGGAUUCUGCUGGACCAACAACUUCUUGUGCCACGGGUAAAGUAGCUGUGAAGCCACUAUCUCUUCACCAAAUGCAAAACCUAAACUACAUCUCCGACUUGAACCUCGCGACUCAGCAGAAACUACGAGUCUCGAAAAAGGUUUUGCACUACGAAACGGACGUUAUAUGGGAUUCAGGUACUACGGGGUCUGUCGUGACUCGUCUCUCAGUCGAUCAAGAAGCGAAAUGGGUUUUUGGGAAUAAGGACGCGUUUUUCACACCAGCGGGGGCUUUAUGUUGAAAAGUUGUACAAUUUUGGUGUAUUCUUGGAAGCUUUAUGAAAAGUUGUGUUUUGGAAGAAGAAUUUUUGGCGUAGGUGUAGCUCCAUCAAAAACAAGAUCUUGCUCAUACAGUUUUGAUGAUCGAAAAAAUAUCUACUACAUCAAGAACAGUCCUCCUUUCUUGAGUAUGAAAUACUUAGUAUUCCCUCCUUCGAAUAUAAUUACUUAGUACGAUCCUCGUGAUAUUACGUGUAAUAAAUACAUUUAUUUAUUAUCCUCAUCUUCUUCCCCGUUUUUUACACGCCUUGCACCACCACCACAUUUCAUACCACGUCCACUGGGACAACGAUGCGUCGUCCGGAGAUAAGAGCUGGAAGAAAUUGACGAAGGUAGCAGAGAAUCUAGCUGCUAAGGAAGCAUUGGACGAAAUCAAGAUCCAUGAACUGGAUGGCGAGGAUCAACGGCGACACUUCCAGUACCUCGACUCGGUUGGGAAUGCGUCGCUGAUUGGAAGACGACGAUGAGGUGGCUGUAGAUGAGUAGAUGUUGGGAGGGAGAAAGGAAAUUAUAUAUGAAAAUAUGUAGAAGAGAUAAGAUAAAGAUAGACUAUUGGAGAGAACGAAAUAUUUGGGAUAAUUCACCUUAUGUAGAUGAUUGAAGCUAGUUGUAUUUGUAGAAGGAACGGCUAAUAAUUUGGACACGAGCAAGGCACGGCCACGGGUUUUGGAAGUUACAGGUACAACUUUUAGGAUUCUGGUACUGGUAAGAUGAUAGUAGUUGUCUCGCAAUGUUGAUAGAUUCUAGUUUGAUAACAAUAACUUGAUUUAUUAUGAUUGAUUUUCGCGCGCAGAUGUACUAGACGAGUUUGCUUUCUUUGGUACACGCAUCCCAUCCGCUUUCCCACACUAUUCCUCCUUUGCAAUACGUCUAAUGUUGUAAAAGAUGAUCAAGAUGGAAGAAGUUCCUAUAAGCGGCUCCUUUCGUAUUGUUCGUACUACUUAGAUAUUCUAGAUACAUAGUGCUAGUCGACAAAAUCCUCACUUGUUCAUGUAGACCCCUCCCAGAAAUUGUAAUCCUACAGGUCCCCGCCGCAUCAAGCGACGACCGGAGAAACCAUCACAUCAAUUCCUCAUUCAGAUCAACUCCUUUUUUCAAUUUGUACAAAAAAUCUUGAAACUG